AUAUAAUAAUGGUUCAGGACCACAUGAUUUGGCUGAUGAAUAUGACAUACAACUACAUAAUGACGCAUGGUUUGAGGAACACGAAGUAAUUAAAUCGAUGUAUGGAAAAUGGAGUUGCAGGUUACGUUUUAACUGUAACACACAUCUUAACAUUAACCCUGUAGAUCAAGGGUACACUUUUGUUCUGUGCAAUAUCACCGUGAUAAACCCUGAUUCAAAUGCGUCUACAACGCCAUCUCCUGCCGCCUUAGAGAAUAAAUCGGUCAUGGAUAUCAAUAAUCCUAACUUAUGGUACAUCAUCGGAGGAGUAGGUAUCAUCGUCCUUUUGAUCAUUAUCGGACAGACUAUAGCUCUGUGCUACUUCAGAAAAAAAGCACAACCACAACGCAGGAUGGACAAGAUGACACCUAGCAGUACAUUUGACAGAGGUGACCGAGCAAGAUACAGCGCGCCACCGUGCAAGAAGAGCAAAGACCCAGUUCCAGAGUGUGACAGAGACAGCCAUAUCUACGAGUUGGUGGUUGUCAACGGAAACUACAACAAGGCCUGUGAGCUGGCCGCAGCGGUUGAAAGCGAGGCAAGCGUACGGAACAUCAGAGACAGACCUCCGUUACCCCUACCACAUGAAAUGGAACCAGCCGAAGCUAUUCCACGUAAAAAACAGUCACGCAUGGCGUCCAUGGCUACGAACUUGAGGCUUUCUAUCACCGGCUCCAGCAAUCGGAGAAGCAAGAAGAAGGAGCUACCCCCACCGCCUGCGCAGAGUUCUAAGAAAGCCCCCGCCCGUCCACCGAAGCAGAUAGACGAGGAGAGCCUUCCUGGGUCCCUGAAGCGACCAGCGAAACCCGCGCCCGCUUCCGCUCCCGCUGCUUCUUCCGCCUUCAAGCCCAGCACCAUACCUGAGAAUACUGGUAAGACUAACGCAGACAUGUGUCACAUCACAUGUCCCAUGUGGACAUGUCGCAAAAUAGUACAAUUUGAGUACAUUUACAAGCACAUUUACAAGGACAUUAAAUUAACCAUAAAUAUAGUGUGGUCGUGCCAAGCAGUAUCUAUCCAGCACGACCACGACCUCUACUGA